AUGGCGUUAGCGUCGACUACAAAGUUAUGUAUUGUAUUUCUCCUAACAUGUAUUGCAAGAACCGGAAGUGUCGAAGAUAUGUCGUACCAGACUUUGUUUAUAGAAGGAAUGAAGAAAAUCUACGAUAUGCAGGAAAAUCGGUCACCACUUUCACCCUCCAGUUUAAAAGUAUCCCCGGCCCAGCUAAGACUGUUCCAAGAUUCAAUUGAUCCAUACAGAAUAUUAACUGGAUCCCCGGGACCCCGGGCUAAGCCCGGUUUAGGGGCUGUUGUCGGUGGAUUUAAUGUUUCGGACACUUGCUACAACGAUACCCAGAUGAUCGGCCCUUCCGCCACGUUGGUGCAGCUUUGGGCGCUGAAAAUGAUAGACGCCGGCGGAAAGCCUCCGAGUGACAUUUUAAACGGUAACCAAGGAUGGUUUGGUUCUUACGACGAGUGCCUCAGUGUGACGAGCGACAAGUUUGAAUACGGUCAAAAGCCUCCACACUUUAAUGGGAAGUACUGUAUAGUUAGCGUUCCUGUGAGCAUUCUGAACAUACCACUACCAAACGCUAACCUUGGACUGUGUUUACCAGAUUCCUGUUCAGAGGCGGAUGCUGUGGCACUCACAAACGCAGCCCUAGAAACGAUUGAACCUGGAAAAUUUUCAUUUAAUGGACACUGUAAGAAGAAAGUCCUGGAGUUCGAUGACAAGGCUGUAGGCGCUGUAAUUUUGUGUGGGUUCAUCCUCGCCAUGAUGAUCGUGGGUACAGUUUACGACGUGAUAGUUGUUCGUGGUGUAUUACGUACCUGGAGUCGAGUCGACACAGCUUUACCAAGCACAUUAGCGACCACGACGUUUGGACCAGAGUCAAAUGAAAAGACAAAACUAAUAUCCAGUGAUCAGAACUCAACAGAAGUGAAAGAUGAGCCAAAAGAGCUGGGAAGAAUGUCAAACAUAUUAGUGGCAUUUUCUGUCUACACAAAUGGCGCCAAAUUACUUAACACCAGUGUUCCAGCAGGUAGUCUAACGGCUCUUAAUGGAAUCCGUUUUCUGAGUAUGACCUGGGUCAUUCUUGGUCACACUUACUCUACAGGGAUGAAUUUUGUUCACACUUUUUUACUUGUAGAUAAUGUUUCUACGUUUUGGCCACAAAUGGCCAAUCGAUGGACUUUCCAGGCCAUCAUGAAUGCAUUGGUUUCUGUCGAUACAUUCUUUGCAUUAAGUGGAUUACUGGUGUCCUAUCUGUUCAUGCGCGAGAUGGACAAGACAAAGGGAAAGAUGAACUGGGCGAUGUUUUAUUUCCAUCGAUUCUGGAGGUUAACACCUCCGUACAUGCUGGUACUCUUCGUGGAAGUGACCCUUACACGUUACUUCAAUGAUGGUCCGUUUUGGCCAGAAGGAGGUUUCGAACGAGACUUCUGUGAGGAUACAUGGUGGACUAAUCUGUUAUAUAUAAACAACUUGGUGAAAACUGACAAAUCGUGUUUCACCUGGGCCUGGUACCUCGCAAAUGAUAUGCAAUUCUUCGUGUUAAGCCCGUUGAUGCUGGUGCCUUUAUUUUAUUCUAAGGUUAUAGGUAUGAUAACGUGCUUAGCUUUUCUCACGGGAACGUUCAUAGCAACAGGUGUCGUGUCUACAAAGUACGACCUUCCCGUUUCUACAUUUAUACCCAGCGAAAAAUACUUUGAGUAUUACUACAUCAAACCCUGGACACGUAUGGGUCCCUACAUCGUUGGUAUCAUGGCUGGUUAUCUGCUGUACCGUUCUAAACUCAAGUACAAUAUGCACUGGCUCCUCAACUUGUUAGGAUGGGCUGUAGCUACUACUCUGGCCUGUCUUGUUUUAUACGGACUAUACGAACCGCUGCGAGGGAACGAAACACUGAGCACGGAGGUGUCAGCACUGUAUAACACAGUACACAGAAGCGUCUGGGGUGCGUGCGUCUGCUGGGUGAUAUUUUCCUGUGCGAACGGAAGCGGCGGCUUUGUGAACACCUUGUUGUCAUGGGGUGGAUUUGUACCCCUAAGUCGUCUGACCUAUUGUGCGUACCUGGUGCAUCCUAUCCUACAGAGCCUCGUGUAUUUAAGUCUCCGCCAACAGUUCCGAAUGAGUGAUUUGACGAUGAUAACGUAUUUCCUGGCGUUCCUGAUGAUGGCAUAUGCAGUAGCCUUUGUUGUCUCCCUUGCAUUUGAAUCUCCAAUGAUGGGAUUAGAAAAGGCGAUAUUCAAACGAGGACAGAAAAAAUGAAAAGUAAUACGAAAGGAAAAUACAAC